AGAGAGAAACCGUUAACUUAUUAUCACUGCUUCCUCUUUAUCUAUUCUUUAACUCCCAACAAAAGGGUGUAAAAUAAGCCCCAGUAGGCUUGGACACAUUGUGUUUCAAUGUAUUUACUGGACAUAUGACAAACUGUGUGGAUAAACAGGAUUGUCAUUCUGUUGAGAUGAUCGGUGAAACCCUUUUUGCUGUGACCUUCUCCCUCUGCAUUGUUGGGGGUACAGCAUAUCCAGUCCUUAUCCAGUCUCCGAGUCUGGAACGUGUCGCAGAGGGUCAGACAGUGCAGUUACAGUGCAACAUGCAGAAUGCAGCAGUGAGAAACACCAAGGUUGACUGGUACCGAAGACAAUCAGGACGUUAUAUGAAGUGGAUUUCAUCAUAUCAUAGAAAUGGCUACAAACGACAGGAUCCAUAUUUCACUGGCCAUCUCCAGCCUUCCAGAGACACCUCCAGUAACAGCUUCAUUCUGACAAUCACCAACGUGCAGCCCAGUGACGCUGGUGUCUAUUACUGCACAGUGUGGGGAAGUGUCUAUGGGGAAGGGACCCAGCUCACUGUAACCAGUGCUCCAGUCCUUAUCCAGUUUCCGAGUCUGGAACGUGUCACAGAGGGUCACACUGCACAGUUACAGUGCAUCAUGAGGAAUGCCGCAGUGAGAGACACCGAUGCUCACUGGUACCGGGAGCUACCAGAGAAAGAUAUGGAGUGGGUUUUAACACAUGAUAUACAGAACAACACACAACGGAGUCCAGGUUUCACUGAGCGUUUCCAGCCUUUCAGAGACACCUCCAAUAACAGCUUCAUUCUGACAAUCACCAACGUCCAGCCCAGUGACACUGCCGUCUAUUAUUGCAAAGUGUGGGGAGAUAUCAGUGGCGAUGGAACACGGCUGAAUAUAACCAGUCCAUUGGCUGAUCCCAUCCUUCUCCAGUAUCCAAUUGUUAGCAAGGUGCCAGAGGGUGAGACUGUCGAGCUACAAUGUGCCAUGUACAAUGCCGGUGUGAAUGAUACCGAUGUCCACUGGUACCGCCAGGGACCCGGGUACAACAGCGAGUGGGUGUUGAGCCAGUUUGUGAACGGCACUAUUACCAAGUCCCAGGGUUUCCACAGCUGUUUUCAGCUUUCCAGGAACGUCAGCAGCAACAGUUACAUUCUGACCAUUGUGAACGUGACCCUCAACGAUACUGCUGUCUACAAUUGCAGUGUGUGGAGCUACAUCUAUGGAGCAGGGACCCAGCUCAAUGUAACUGAUGAAUCAUCCUACAAUAAGCCCUGGACUUCAGACCUUAUUGUUUUAAGCACGGGCACAAUUCUGGGCUUUGUUGUCUUGUUCUGCAUUGCUCUGGCCACAUUUUAUCUUGUAAGAAAAAGGUUGUGCUCGGCAAAGAACUCUACACCAGGGGUCUCUGAUGAAGACCAGAGCCCUGUGUACACAACAGUGAAUGACAUAACAUGGACCAGCGAUCAAACAGCAGUUUCUCCUGUCUUGCUGGGUGAAGGGGAAUGUAAUUAUGCUGAGCUUCAAUUCCAUCGUCGAGACACCGUCCAGCCGACAGUGAUAAUUGCUGAAAGUACCUCGGAGUAUGCUGAUGUGAAACGUACAUUGAACUGAAGGCAUUCUACAGGACAAAUUAGUCACUGGGACAAGUUGCAGUCAGGAAAAACUCACCCAGACAUAAUCACCCCUGUGUUACCUGCGCAUUGGGACAGAUUCAAUCUCCCUCAGAUCCAUAUAUUCCCAGACCCUGAUAUUACUGGACAGUCAGACCCUCCCAGACCCUGAUAUUACUGGACAGACUGAAAUUGCUCAUAGGCAAAUUUUGCGGUGAUAGCACUUUAUCCAUUAAAUCAGGUCUGUAAUUCUUCUAUGAAUGCAUUAUUUUCUCUAUGAAUAUUGCCACUACCAUUUAAUUGAUAAACAUAUGCUGCAUUUGUAAA